GUGGAUCGUGUGGGGGCGAGGGCUGGUGGAGGUUGGAGGGUCGUGCCUUGCGGUGGUUGAGUAUUGUUGGGCUGGUUGUAUUAGGUGCAGUGGCAAAAGGAUUGAAAAUUGUUAGAAUUUUUAGAUAUCAAGAUGUCAAAGGUAAAAAAGGCAGUGGAGGAAGCUCGGGAGUCUGGCAACCCAGAGCUGGACUUGGUGGAUAUGAAAAUUGAGUCUUUGGAACAAAUCCCAAAUUUGUUGCGCAUGACAAAUCUGACGCGACUGAGCCUCAGUCACAACCGGAUCAGUCUGAUCCCACCCAGCCUGGCCGACCUGGAAAACCUGGAGAUCCUCAACCUGUUCAACAAUCACAUCGAGGAGCUGCCCACUUCAAUCUCGUCUCUGCCUAAGCUGCGCAUCCUCAACUUAGGCAUGAACAAGCUGGACUCGUUGCCGCGUGGAUUCGGAGCGUUCCCGAUGCUGGAGGUCCUGGAUCUCACCUACAACAACCUCACUGAGAAUGGGCUGCCAGGCAACUUCUUCAUGAUUGAGAGCCUGCGUGCGCUCUAUUUGGGUGACAACGACCUCGAGUACCUGCCCCCCGACGUGAAGAUGCUGAAGAACCUGCAGAUCUUGGUGCUGCGGGAGGAGAACGACCUGUUGGAUAUUCCCAAGGAGGUGGGCUCGCUGGCGCGCCUGCGCGAGCUGCACAUCCAGGGCAACCGGCUGACGGUGCUGCCGCCGGAGAUCGGCUUGGUGGACCUGUCGGGCAGCAAAUGUGUGCUGCGCAUGGACGACAAUCCGUGGGUGGUGCCGAUCGCCGACCAGCUGGAGCUGGGCGUCAACCACGUGAUCGACUACAUCAGUGACACCUACCGGAUUCUGUACUCGCGCCACAUCUCCGCGGGCGCGCAGCCGGCGCCUCCCAAGGCGGACAAGAGCCGCAAGGUGUCCCGGCUGACGUCGAGAAGUGAGCGGACGGAGUGA